GCGUCUCUUCCCUGCCGCAGAAUUAAGCUCGGACAGCGGACCAUGGGGAGCAAUGGAGAACUUUUAAUACUGAGAUGUUGACUUUUUAGGAACAUUCAAGUGGGACGAGGCUCCCGGUACGAGGAGGGCAGGGUGAUAAACAGGAAGAAAAUAUACCGGAGCGGCGAGAAAACUUUAGAGACGAUCCAACAAUCUGCGGUGGAAAAUCCAGUUUGCUCCAAUUGAUUUGAAAGAUGAGCUUGCUGUCUGCCAUAGAUACGAGCGCCUCCGUGUACCAGCCAGCGCAGCUCCUCAACUGGGUCUAUCUCUCCCUGCAAGACCCCCAUCAGACCAGCGCCUUUGACGCGUUCAGACCCGAAGCCAACUCUUCCCACACGGAUCUCAGCUUCAGCAAGACUCCCGCUGCGCCGGACCUGAGCUCUUCCCUCAACUCCAACUAUCUCAACAACUUUUUCCAGCUGCAGCGCAAUGAGGCCUUGAACAACAACGUGUAUAAGAAUGUAUCCCCCUAUGGCUCCCUAAACAACAUAGUGGAUGGACUCAACUCCCUGACGGACCAUUUCUCAGACCUCUCCCUGUCUUCAGAGCCCAGGAAACCCAACAAAAGACCCCCACCCAACUACUUGUGCCACCUGUGCUUCAACAAGGGCCAUUACAUCAAAGACUGCCCUCAGGCCAGACCCAAAGGGGAAGGACUGACACCCUACCAGGGGAAGAAGAGAUGCUUCGGCGAGUACAAGUGCCCUAAGUGUAAGAGGAAGUGGAUGAGUGGCAAUUCCUGGGCCAACAUGGGGCAAGAAUGCAUCAAAUGCCACAUCAAUGUCUAUCCACACAAACAGCGACCUUUAGAGAAGCCAGAUGGCCUGGAUGUGUCAGACCAGAGUAAGGAGCAUCCGCAGCACCUGUGUGAGAAAUGUAAAGUCCUGGGCUACUACUGCCGCCGCGUGCAAUAAUCAUCUCUACCCAGAGCGAAGGAACUUUGGCGUCAGAAGUCAUGUUACCUGUUGACAUGCAGGUCCUCCCUUCUUUUCCACUCUGUGCUUCAGGAUGGUAGCUCUAGACCUCCCUUUUUACCUUUCUCCUAUAAGAUCAGGAUCAUUCAUCUUGCACGCUUUUCAAAAAUUAUAAAAGCAUAUAUUAGAAACUAUUACUCCAACUGUAUAUUUAACUGCAGCCAAUUAAUGUAUUGAUGAACUAGCACCAAGCAUGUAUCGUAUUGGUGUCACUGACGAUGUGUUUAGUGUCAAUACCUCACCUCGGGGUUUAUUGGCUUUGUGUUUACAGAGAUCUGCUUUCCUUUUUCUUGCCAAGUGAAGUAUGCGAUGCGAUGAACAUUUUAGUCGGGGAGCUUCUAGCGAUGCCCGGCGUCCAUUUUUAGGGGUCAGCAGCACAUCUUACUAACUGUGAAUUUACUGAGGGAUAAAGUGCCAUACAUCCCGAGCUUACAUUUCACAUAUUUAUUUCCUUUUCUUGUAGUGUGCAAUUUGAAUUUUAACUGGGACAUAUAGGAUUUUGUUCUUCUGUCUGUUGUACCACAUUGUGUUACUGCGUCCGUUUGUAUUUAGGAACUACUGUAGGUUCAGUUGUAUAGAGUCACGCCUCAGAUGCGUUUUCGCAAAAAUGUAGACAAGCGGUUUCACCGAACCCCCCUCUGGAGUAUUUUCUUAGAUUUGAUUUACCUACGUUCAUCAGAAGCAGAUGUUGGACAGAUUACUGUAACACGGGAAAAAAGAAGGGUCAAUGGGUAGGACAAGAGUUACAGACCGAGCAUGGUCUCGUCAAAAAGAAAAGUAUUUUUUUUUUAUCAAUGAAGUCCUUGGAAUACUUUAGUACAUAUGUAUCACCUUCAUGUCCAGGAGCUAACGGCUGAAUUGAAAGGUUUUGCAGGAGAAGUUCUGUUAAAAUGUUCUAAGCAGUCAAUAUUUUGCCCGUUUUCUUUAUCAUUGAUUAUAAAUCCAGAUUAGCUGGAUUCAGAGGCUAACAGCUACUCUGAGAGGGUCCAGACAGUGUGGUGUACCAUCCAUGAUCUUCCUGUGUAAAAAAUGUACUUAUAACCGCUACGUAUCUAUUUAUUAUGAGAGCAAAAGUGUAAAAAGUGAAUAUUCCAAUGAAUGCAUUUUUUAGAUUGCCUUUUUCUUCUAUCAGGUCAUAACUUUAUAAAACACCUAAUAUGUUCGCUCCUCAGGAUGCAGUUUGCACAGAAAGCUUAUCUGUAGAGCUCUGGCUCUGACUGUCAUUUCCUUUUUAAUGAUAACUAGCUGUUCAGUAACAUCUCUAUAAAAAAAAAACACAUUGGUUUUUGUUGAAUUUUGAAGCAGAGAUGUUUUGGUUGCUGUUCUUAAAGUGAAAAGUUCUUUUUCUUAAAAUUUCAAAGAGACGUUGUGGGUUCACCAGUGUUUUCUCAGGCAGUGUGGAGCAGAGAGUAUUGUUAUACUCCCCUCCCCCACAUUGCGCUGUGGACUCCAAGGAAAAAAGGUUAAUGCACUUUUUCCUCGCUUAGAAGAACGACUAAGUUGAACAAAACAAUCUCCCAUGUCCAAAAGCUUAUAACUCUCAACUUCAAUCUAAGAGGAACAGGACAGCAAACAGGAUAGUAUCAAACGGACUAAUAAGAAGUGGAAAACUGCUACAUGUUCUAUUAUUUUGGUUUAUAUUUGCAUUACAAUAAAAGUACAGAAAUGUUAACCUUAAAAUUAUUAUAACAGUAGUUGGCAAAAUUGUACAUUAUAAUAGGAGCAGUUAGAAUAAUUGUCUAUUUAUGGUAGAAAUGAAAACAUUUUUCUUUAUUUUCCAUGGUACCGUAUUUCUACGCAACUUUAUCACUCUGUGAGGAUCUGAUACCUUGUCUAACGAGGCAGACGACCACCAUGGUCUUUCCAUUACUAGCUGUUAGCUUCAGAUUCCAGAACCAACAAAUCUACAUUUAUAUUGAAUUCAGACAGCAAAAAGUCGCUGCUGCUUAGAUAUUAACUGCUUUUAACCUUCUAAUUGAACUAAAUUUUUAAAAUCCUGGACUAUUCGUCAAAGAAUAUAGAAUGUUAUAUGAUGCAGUAUUUUUCUCAGUGCCUUUGAUCUUAAACUUUGUAAUAAAAAGGAGGUAUUUUCAAACUGUAGAUUUGAAUAAUUAGUGUUUUAAAUGACUGAAAUCUGCCUUUUAAGGGUUUAUUUUUCCAUAAGAUUGUUACAUGUUAUAUGUACUGUAUUUCAAGACCGGUUGAAUAUAUUUUUAUACUGUAAAAUGCAUGUGCCUUCAAUGGGUUUGAAGGUUGAAGGGUAAGUGUGGUGGGCUCAAAGGUGGAGCAGUGUAUGUGCUAACUGGGAUGCUCAGAAAGUCUGAUGGAGGUUCAAGAUGUGACAAAGGAUGAGAAAAAGAUUAAAGCCCCUCUAUUAGCGGUUGAACUGGCAUGGCGGGUGUUCACUUCAGAGCAAUUUGCUGGACCAGCGUUUCCAGCUGGCAAUAACAAUCCCACUGUGGUCUGUUGUCAUGGAAUAUCAACAUAGAUUUUAUUUCUUCUUUCGAUCCUCUCAGCAGAGUGAAAUGCUUAUGAAACUUUGGACCUCACGCUUUGUUUUGUUUUUCCCUUAUUAUAUAUUGCGGUUGUGUUUAUCCAAGAGAAUGUUGGUUUUUGUCAAAAACAAAACAGGACAAAAAAACAACAUAAAAAGCAUAAACAGUAACUUGCAGCAUUUGGAGUCAUUGUUACAUCACUGUGUGUGGAAAUGUAACUAAAUGCCAACUUUUCAGUUAAAAGGGCACUCCAGGGAUUUAGAUCUGCUGGUCCACUAAGCUGAAGGGCUUAACACUAACAGAACCAAACGUCUUACUCACUUUUAAGUCACUUGGAAUAAAAUCAAAAUUCCACUAAUCUGUUUUCCAUAUAGUCCCAUAACAUAAUCAUUUGCAAACUACCCUGCCUGUUAAAAGAUUACAUCAUACCUGGCAUUAACUUGCUUUUUCGGGAUGAUUAAAUCGCUUAUAGUGAGCUUUAAAUAACAACUCAGGCCUGGAAUUAAAAUGUGAUGUGAUUUAACAUCCUAAAAGUGCUUAGGAUACCUGUUAAUAAAGACCCGGUGGAAUUCCUUUACCAGCUAUAGGCUCUAGUUUACUUUUUAUUCCUCAUCUGCUUGUAAUGAAAUGCUUAUGCAAGUCUCUGGCAACACACGGUGGUGCAGAACCUGUAGCCUAUUGAGUGCCAAAGACAUUGGGCCAUAUAUGUUUACAGAAAGACCACCUAGAAAUAUGCAGUAAACAAUAGGAUCUAAUUGCAUUCAUGCAGCAGGUGGAAAUAUCCCUAAUGAUUGGAUCUCCUGUGAACGUCAGGUGUUGGUAAUGGGCCAGUCAAAGCUUUCUGACCUCUCCAUACUCAUUUCUGAUUAUUGAAAUAUUUACUUUAUGAGCUGUAUAAAAUAAAAAUAAGUAUUUUUGUACUUCUAACAUAAAAUUAAAUCUCUCUCCAUUGGUGACUUUAUAUAAUACAGCAGAGUCUCAGCUGGUAUGGAGACAAAUGCAUCCGUACCAAUAAAACCUAACUAGGAAGGACUAUAGAUCUUUCUUUUGCACAACUUGAAAUGUAAAUGUGAUUUUAUUUUAGAAAAUUAUUCAAAAUGAGGGAUGUCUCCAACUCAACAUAUGGGAGGAACAUAGUUUACUUUGGUAGUUAAUGGUUUUAUCAUUUAUUCAAAUAAUAUUGUAGCUACUGAGGAGCCAUAAGAAGUCCCUCGUGUACAAGCGUUAGACGAAGUUACACAGCUCUGCAGGUAAACUGGAUUCCCCUAGUCCUCAAACAAAGAAACUAGAAACUGUGCUUUAAAAUGUUGGGCUUUCUGUUACCUGCAGAUGUCCCAUUUUCUAGCUACGAGCUGCAGCCCGAAGGAGCAGCUAACGUAGAAAUUCCCAUUCAGGGAGAUUUCUUUUUGGUCACUCUGAAAUUAUUUUUUUGUCACCUUUACAAUAGAGAAAUAUGCAGUCUUCCUUCUUUUUAACAACUUCCACACUAAAAAGCCUGCUUGGCUAUUGAUUAAAACUGAGAUCCCUUAUGGCAGAUUAUUCAGACACCACUAAGGUAAUUUUCUAAGGUUUGAGAAAGCUCAUCUGUUAGCUUUACAUUAAAAAAUGAUGAGGAAGCUUUUUUCAUGAAAAGUUCUGUAGUGCUUCUUUAAACUGAAAAUUUGGCAGUCUCUCUUUUCUUAGACUCAUAACAGAGCUUCAAUAUCGGGAACAAUCCAAUUGUCUUACUGCUAGUGUUUUGCUUUUGCUUUGCUCACUGACACUAAGUGGUUUGCCAGACUAAAUGCCAAUGAUGCCUUACAAAUUAACCUCAUAAGAAACAGUGUUAUUAUGGGAGAAGAUCAAUAAAAAAAUCUUGUCAGUUUGUUUCCAUCCAGAAAUGUGACAUAAGAACGCCAUUAUAAAUGGCUUAUCUUGAAGCAAAUGGUGGAAUACAUAAAAAAAAGAGAUAAUGAACUUUUAAACAUAAAUGUAUUGAAUUUUCUAGUACAUCUGCAGAUCAGAAAUAUGUUUUUUCUAUGAGAUGUGUAUUUUGGAAACAUAACUAGAUGUUGAAAUUUCUAAAGCAAUCUGCAGCUUAUUUCCCUGACGGAGACGUUUUCUGUAUAUAUUUGAUGGCUUUGAGUUCCAAUGUUUAGCAAUAUCUAGCUUCUUUUUGUUUCUCUAAAGAUCUAAAGAAGGGCCUGUUGCUGGGAAAUAAUCAAAGCUGGGGAAUUUGUUCUUGUUAUAUUUUACAUUUAUCUGGAGGGAUAUCCUCCAGAAAUAUUUAUGGAAAUACUUUUUACAAGACUUUUUGUAUAGAAUAUGCAACAAAGUUACACUAAGAAGGAAAUAUUGAUCUCUACAUAGAGUAUUAUUAGACAAAAAGCUGGUACAUAAUUAAUACCAUGUCUCACAUACAAGCCAUUGUAUUUUUCGUGUGUUAGCAGUGUUAAAUAACCCCUGUUGCUAUGCGACUAACCAUCCCUAAAAUAUGUAUUCUUUUUGUAAACACUAAUAUGCAGAUUCAUUGUGUUAACAUGCAGAAAUGUAUUUUUGUUUUUAUUCUAGUGAUGGAUAUUCACCACUGUAUAAGCACAUUAAACUGUGAGAUGUAGUUUGCUUAAAGCAGCAACGACAGGAAACUGUUAUAAAAGUGUUAUUCGUAGUUUAGGACGUGUUACGCUCUGGUCAGGAAAAGUGUGUUUGACAAAGAACUGUCCGAGUUUGCAUGUGCAUGUGUUUGGAUGAAAUAUUACUUUGUGCAAUUUACACUUAUUUAAAACCCUUUACAGUAGCUGAACAUUAUCUGCAACGUUAGUCCCGAAGUAUCUCAUUUACCACAAUGUAGCCUCUUUGAUUAACACAUAUUUACUGAAUGUAAUGUGUUAACAGUGUGGUUGAGUUGGAGCGUUUUGUUUCUCUCUGUGCUGUGAGUGUAUAUGUGUUUGUAUCUCGAGAUGUUUGCAAUGCAAUAUUGCAAUAAUGUAAUGUUUGAAUUGGAAGGAAUGCAGGCACAAGGUAAUUGAUUUAUUUUUUUUUUUUUUUUUUUUGGUGGGGAAACGAGGACUGAGAGGUUCGCAGUGUCGGCCACAGGUCUGUUUUUCCGUGUCCAUGAAACGGCAUUCCAAAAUGUGCCUUAUUUGAUAGAUGGGAAAACAUAUUAGUGCUUUGGAGCUGUUGAGAGCUUGGUAAAUUAAAGGAAAAUUUAUAACAGCUAAAA